AUGAAUCGCUUCCAGUUUGGCGACUCCGACGGCUCUGCCUCGGACUUCGAAGAAGACUCCUCAGGCCUUCCCUUCCCCGAGCCGCUAUCCCGCACUUCAUUCCUCGCGCCUGAUUUUGACCCGGCCACGUUUCUCUCGUCAUUAACAAAUCGUCACCAGAGCCUCGAAGAUUUGCGACAAGAGCUGCGAGGGUUGGAGCAAUCCCUGAACAAGGAGCUGUUGGAUUUGGUGAAUGAGAACUACCAGGACUUCCUCUCUCUAGGAACCUCUCUCCGGGGAGGCGAGGAGAAAGUAGAAGGUGUCAAAGUUGGCGUGUUAUCCUUCCAGCGUGAUGUUAAAGCUAUUCGGGAUAAGGUCGAGGCCCGGCGCCGAGAAGUGGAGGAACUGCUGAAUGAGAAGCGGCGGCUACGAACGAACGCCGACAUUGGCAAAGAUUUGCUGGACUAUGCAGAUCGCGUGGAGGAAUUGGAACACCGGCUGAUGAUUAAAACCAAUUCAUCACAGCGGGAUGUUAAAUCACCGGAGGGGUCGGAGACAGAGUCCGAUUUAUACAGCAGUGAGAGCGAGGACAGCGAUGAUGAGGAGCUGGCGGAUGGCACACCGGCAAUGUCAUCAAAGAAGCUUGAACGACAUGCCCAGAAGUUUGUCUAUUUGACCUCAAUCGCUGCCCGAGUCGGAGAGAAACAUCCUUUCCUGGUUUCAUUGCAACCCCGAGUCGCCAAGAUCAAGUCCACACUGCUCCUGGAUCUCAAGUCGGCUUUGGAGCAGGCCACCACUGCAGGCGGAAAACGGGAUGCCAGGACAUUGGCGAUUCUGCGCAUAUACGAACUGAUGGGUGAGGAUGUCAGCGCUGUCGCUGCGCUGAGAAACCUCAAGGUGUAA